AUGUAUGUAGCUUUAUCAGGGUCGGAAUCUAGAAACAUUGACAGGAGCGCCCCCCCCCCCCCCCCCUCCCCGCCUGAUAGGGUCGCUUCAAGGCUUCAAGCCCACAGUGUGGUCAUUACUCUAAGUGAGCUAGGGCUCAUAAAGAUAUGGCAUUGCUCCCACGAUGUUCAAAUAACUAUUCUGCAACGUUUCGUGCGGAUGUUUGCCUACGGCUGUGCAACCCUAAUUCUAGCAUCUUUUCUGUCAGCCAUAAGUAGCCCCAAAUCCUACAUUAGCUUGUUUAUGUCCCUCACCCUAGCUAGCGAUUUGAUCAUUAGCUUGCUGUUAAGCUUAUUUGCAGAUAGCAUGGCGGUAGUCUUCUCCGUGGCUGGGAAUUUCUGGAUUUUAUUAGCGGCUGUCAUUCUUGGAGUUGUGAGUCCAAGAGUACUGGAGGCUGGGCCGUUCCAAGCAAUUAAGGAGUCAGCUCUUGGCCAUCUCAUCCCGCGCGAGGCGUUGAACGAUGUGUUCACCUGGUAUCUCCUGUCUAGAAUUACCGGGAGUGCCUUAUGGAUGGUAGCUGUAAUUAGGCUAAUAAGUCUCCUCACACUGAGACUUAGCAAGAAUAUAGAGCCUGCUAAAGAUAGAUCUGGCUUAACCCAGCAACAGCUGGAGGGGGGCACCGGGGAAAGCAAGGAGCUGCUACUGCACGACAGGGCCCCUAAAGAACAGGCCAGCAUAGCUGAGAGGGGUAAAAAUGAAGGGUACGUUGUAUCUGAGAAAAGGCAGUUUUCAUGCUUUAUAGCAGAACUAUUGAUACUGCUCCCUAUCGACUCAGUCGCCUCUGGAUUAGCAUCAGUGGUUACUAUAGUUUCUGCUUGUCCUAUGAUAGUCUCGUCCUCGAUCGCGAAGGGCGUUGGAAAUGUCAAGACAAUGGCCUUGACCCAUCUCCCGACACCCGUUCUACUAGCAGUGUUUCCUCUGUCCUCCACACUCUCAACCACCCUAGCCCUGCUAGGUCUCUGUGGGUUGUUCCAAAACAUAGAUAUUGCUCCCCGUGGAGCAUUCAUCCCCGCUAAUCUUCCGCCUGACAGGCGCACGGACAUUCUUGGUGUUAUCAAUAUGGCUAAAUCAUGUGGCCUGUGCUUAGGCCCACUUGUUACCGGGAAGCUGGCAGACCACCAGCUCUUAGGGUAUGCUUUCAUUCUGGCUGGGACCCUCAAGAUUGUUUAUGACCUUGGUGUACCGUUAGCAUUUUAUGGCAGAGAUUCUCUCGACGCUCAUCAUACGUCGCAAGGUUGUGACGAUGAGUGA